CUUCCAGAUGGGGCUGCUAACUUCCGGCUUUUAAUGUGCCCUAGUAUCGCUUUAUUUACUGCUGAGCUGGUAGAUAAAUUACCUUCAAACUAGUUUUAUUAAAGCUAACAGCGGUGUAAACAAGCUAGCGUCAGCAUGAUAUGCUGGUUGUCUACACAGCUAACGUUACAGAAAGGAACAACUUAAUGUUUCGCUUGUGUUCAGAAACGUUAAUGUUUACAGUGAAGUCGGGUCGACAUGGACGAGCCGGACACCGCAGCGAUCCUUCCCGGAGAUGUGCUCGCCGCCACAUCAACUGACGAUGAAACCGACGAGUCGUGUGGCCACAAAGAGGAGGCUGAUGUUCCGGACACCCGCUCCGUGCGACCACCGUUUAACGUCACAUGCUCGCUGCCGUUUUCCGUGGAGCCAGGUGUUGUUCCUCUCCAUGUUUUCUCUGGCCCUGCAAGCGCCUCUGUCAACACAGUAUCUGUGGGACCGCAUCAGCGAGGACCUCGGCUACAACGGCUCCAAGAGGUCGGAAUGCAGCAACGGCUCCGUGCCCCCCGACCCUCUUCAAACGGAGGUGGAAACCUUGACAGCCCACUGGAACCUCUAUAUCAGCCUUGGGGGCUUUUCUGUAGGCCUAUUGGUGGUGCCUCUCCUGGGAUCAUGGAGCGACCUCGCAGGUCGCAGACCUGUCCUUAUCCUCCCCAACCUCGGCCUGGCCCUCCAAGCCGUGGUUUACCUCGUGGUGAUGUACCUGAAGCUGCCUGUGGUCUACUUUCUACUUGGCAGGCUGCUUAGUGGCCUGUCAGGGGAUUUUAACGCCAUCCUGGCAGGCUGCUUUGCAUAUGUGGCUGAUACCAGCGACAGAAAGUCCCGCACCAUCAGGGUGGCAGUCUUGGAGGCCUGUCUGGGCCUUUCAGGGAUGCUAGCCAGCAUCAUUGGAGGGCAGUGGCGGCGGGCACAAGGGUACAUCAAUCCAUUCUGGCUGGUCCUGGCCACGAACUUGGCUGCGGCUCUGUACGCUUACCUGUUCGUCCGUGAGUCUGUCCUGCCAGACCCAAGUGCCAAGCUCCUCACCUUCCGCCACCAUAAAGCUAUCUGGCACGUCUUCUCAUCAACAGGGAGCACCAGUGAGGAGGGUGGAAGACUUCACAGAUGCAAGCUGUGGCUUUACACCCUGUGUUUCUUUAUGGUGGUGACUGUACACUUCGGCAGCAGGGAGCUGUAUGUGCUGUAUGAGCUGAGCUCCCCGCUGUGCUGGGGGCCGGCCCUCAUUGGCUACGGAUCCGCAGCUCAGCACCUGGCCUACCUUAGCAGUCUACUGGGGCUGAAGAUCAUGCAGCGCUGCCUGGAGGACUCCUGGGUGGCUCUCGUGGGGCUGGCCUCCAAUAUCAUCGGGCUGGUGGUCUUCUCUGUAGCUGACACCACCCAGCUCAUGUUCACAGGUUACGCUCUGUGUUUCCUCUUCAUGGCUGCGACGCCUGUGCUCAGGUCAAAGCUGUCUAAGAUGGUGGGCCCAUCCGAACAAGGUGCCCUGUUUGCCUCUGUUGCCUGUGUGGAGAGUUUGUGUCUACUGGUGGGUAGUGGCCUCUUCAACUCUCUGUACCCAGCCACACUGCACUUCAUGAAGGGCUUCCCCUUCCUUCUUGCUGCCAUCAUCCUCUUCAUCCCCGCUGGAAUAAUUGGGUGA